CGGAAGUGUGGGGUGCUGUGAGCAUGGCGGCGUCGAAGGUGAAACAGGACAUGCCCCCGCCGGGGGGCUACGGCCCUAUCGACUACAAGCGGAACCUGCCGCGUCGGGGACUGUCGGGCUACAGCUUGUUUGCCGUGGGCAUCGGGACCUUGCUCUUCGGGUACUGGGGCAUGAUGAAAUGGAACCGCGAGCGCAGGCGCCUGCAGAUUGAGGACUUGGAGGCCCGCAUUGCACUGAUGCCACUGUUGCAGGCGGAGAAGGACCGGAGGAUCUUGCGGCUUCUUCGGGAGAACCUGGAGGAGGAGGCUAUCAUCAUGAAAGAUGUGCCCGACUGGAAGGUGGGUGAGUCCGUGUUCCACACAACGCGCUGGGUGCCCCCCCUGAUAGGCGAGCUGUAUGGGCUGCGCCCCACCGAGGAGACUCUCAAGGCCAGCCAUGGCUACUUACGGUACACGUAGGGCCUGUGCCUGCCGAUGCCCUGGACCCUGUGGACCCCACCCCUCCCCACUGGGAGAGAAUAAACGCUCUGGAGACCCA